AUGCUUUUUUGACUUUCAAAAUCAAAAUCAGAUCCUCUUCAUACAAGGCGUACAUAUACAGUUACAGAUGAAGGAUGAAGAAUUCAUCAUCUUCCUGUAUCUGUAACUGUAUAUGUGGGUGCCACUGAAUUCAACAGUUAUGGAAUCAAUAUAUCUAAACCCACUUCACACUAUGCAGUGAUUCAAUUUGUAAAUUUUCAAUUUACUACAGUUCGUCCUACACUUUUUUGCCCUUUCUAUUUUGGACCAGGUUUGGUCAAAAUCUUCAGAGUUAAAUUCGCCUCUGUCCUUUCAAUUCUUCAUUGGAUCUUUCUUACGUGUCAAAAAUAUUAAUUUAGAAAUUUCAAUUUCCAUCCUGAUCAUUGACCUUUAUAUUCUAUAAACAAAAAGAUCAUGGUCUGUUGAUUUGGGUCCUGGAAAUCUGCAUUGGGUUCUUGCGAGCAAUCUGAUGAUUUGCCUAAACAUUUUGUGAUCUUACAGUUUUGUAUUGGAUUGUCCUGAAAAAUGUCUGGCCUGGUGAUUUUUCCAUCCUAUAGAAAUUCCUUGAAUUGAUAUGAUUAUCCGUUGGCAUGGAGGAGCCCAGAUAAUCCGCAGUAAAUUGGACUUUCACAUUUUGGUCUUUCUCCUUGUCACAGAUUGAUUUGUUCUUCACACUGCAGAAGGAGAAAUGUGUUCGUAGGAUUUAAGUGCUUAAAGAAAUCUUUAAACUCAUUUUGCAGAGAAGACGCAAAUGAGUUAUCCUUCCAUCCCCACUGCACCAAAUGACUAUCCGCCUUUCUUCACCCUUACUCCACCUCCUCCAACUCUGCCGACAAGGCAAUCAGAUCCUAACUUCUCUCCUCUGAUUAUAGCCCUGAUAGGAAUCCUAGCCAGCGCCUUCUUGCUGGUAAGUUACUACACUGUAAUAUCCAAAUAUUGCACAAAGUGGGAGGUACUCAGACCCAGAAGACGAAGCGAUCAAGAGACUGAUCCUUUUCCUGUGACUGAAGAUUCAUGGCCUGUCAUGAACAAUGGCCUUGAGGAGUCUGUCAUUAGAUCCAUACCUGUUUUCAAAUAUAAGGCAGGGGAUGGAUUUGUUGAUGACACUGAAUGUGCAGUCUGCUUAAGUGAAUUUCAGGAAAAUGAAACCCUCAGGCUUCUUCCCAAAUGCACUCAUGCCUUCCAUGUUCCUUGCAUUGAUAUGUGGCUCAGUUCUCAUUCAAAUUGCCCUCUUUGCCGUGCUAAUAUUGUAAGCCCUGCAGUUUCCCCAAUACAAGAAACUGUUACUGAAGAGAAUUCUGAUUCGACAGUUGACUCUCCAUCUCGGGAAGCUUCAGAAAAUGAAACUGUUAGAGAAAGCUCAGAAGAAGAAUCAGCACAGGAAAUGGGCCUUGAGGCUCCUCCUUCUCUGAUGGCCAUUUCACAUAUACGAGCAGAGAGUGAUUUCAUUAUCAAAUAUGGAAGAAAUGACAGCCUCUCUCAAUCUAGCAAACUUCAUCUAUCUGAAAUCCAGCAGCAUCAAGCAAUGAAGAGGUCCUAUUCUGUGGAUUCAUGCCAAAAACUCCCUGUAUUAAUCACCGAUCUUCUUGCAAUUCAUCUGGCCCUGGAAGAUGGAAAGUUGAAGGGGUUUUCCAGUGCAAAUGAUGGAGGGGUUGGGGUUUCAAGCAGUGUUGACCUUGAAGAUGGAAAUUCAAGAACCUUUUGCAGUGUGGAAGAAGCACAAGUUGGUGCUUCAUCCAGUGUGCAAUCUUCCAGUCCAGCACUGGAACACAAUAUGGCUACAGAGAUGUCUUGUGCAUCUUUAAAGGCCUUGAACAAGCAAUAUGGUGGUGAUAGAAACAAAUCAACCAUGAAGAGAUCCUUCUCUGGGGGAAAAUUCUUCUUUUUCAGAAACAGCAGGGGAAGGAAUACUCCCAUCCUUCCCACAUGAAGAUAUGUAGGUUUGUCCAGCUUUAUGGUGCAGAACUAUUUUGACUUUUAGAGGUAUGUUUCAAUAUGUUUGGAUAAUUAAUUUGUUGAAACUCUCUGAUGCUUGUAUUCAACAAGGCAAAAAGCUGUAUCUGAGCUACUUUCUGGAGGAUAUGACACUCAAGUGUGGUCUAUUGAGAUUGCUUCAAACCCUGGAGUUCAUCCAGGUUAUCGUGGUUGUUUUCUUUUGGCUAUAAAUUCCUUAAAAAAUGAAUUGGCUAUAUCCUCCUAUGGUUUGAUUGGGGAAGUGUUCGACUUUUCCAAGUUCUGUAAGAUUUUGGGAUCUCUCUUGAGAUAGUUGCAGCAAUUCAAAUGACUACUGGUCAUGCUUGGCAUUCCUGCACAGGAAGCCUUCCUAUUGAGACAUUCUUGGUCAAGCUUUAUUAGGUUUUUCCUAUAGAAUGUUUAGCCGGCAUGGUAUAUUGAAACUUGUAUUUUCUGUCCAGAGGUUUAGUAAUUCAUAUUGCAAUCUUAGAUGUUCAGAUUGGUAUUUUUAUUUUCCAUAAUUCAGGACAUGAAUUCCCUGUAUAUUUGGUUCCAAAUAUUAACGACUUAUAAUCUCUUAACAAACUA